AUGCAGUGGAGGAAGUUCGCACGGCUGAAGACGACUGCUACCGGACACUCGCGUACGCGGAGGAUGCUUUGCUGUGGCCGAAGAAAGGAAAAUGGAAGAUCUGUGCCUGACCUCACCGCUAGCCCCGGGCGGGCACCGCCCGGUCCGAUGCCUUCCCACCAGGCGCAGGGUCUCCAGCAACAACAGCAACACCAGCAACACCAGCAGCAGGGAAUGCAGGGACACCACCAGCAGCACCAGCAGCAGCAGCAGCGCCAGGGCUCGAAGGAACCGGUGCUGCUGCAGGGCGACUUCCGGAAGGUGUCCGGCAUCAGCUCGGAGAUCUUCCGCCAGAUCGAGGCGGUGGAGAAUGACCACGAUCCCAGCACGGCCGCUGCGCUGGAGGUGGUGGAGCGGCGGGGGGAAAUGAUAGUUCGCAUCCUGGAGCCGCGAUGCAUGGGCAGCCGGCAGGCGAUCGAGGCGGGACAGAAGUUCCUCAACAAGAGUGAUGCCCGACACACGGUCCAGCUGGUGGAAAUCGUCAAGCGACCGGGCCAAACGCUGGGACUGUACAUCCGCGAGGGCAACGGAGCGGACCGGUCGGACGGUGUGUUCAUAUCUAGGAUAGCUUUAGAGUCGGCCGUUUACAACAGUGGCUGCCUGCGGGUUGGUGAUGAGAUACUGGCGGUCAACCUGGUGGACGUGACGCGGAUGUCGCUGGACGAUGUGGUGAUCAUCAUGUCGAUCCCGCGCCGCCUGGUGCUGGCCAUCCGCCAGCGGCGGGGCAACCGGGGUGCCAACUCGCCCGGCCCGCCCCAGAUGUCGCGGCCAGAGCAGAAACCGCCGCCGGUCGUGGUGAUCAAGCGGGACCUGCGCGACGAAGACCUGGACGACUCGGACCGGGCACCCCGAUCGUCGCGGUCGUCCCGUGAGCGGCGCACCGGCGAUGGGCGCGAGAUGACCGAGUCCCGUUCGCGUCUCGGGUUGGGCCUAAACAAUUACAGCCCGCAGAGCGAACAGCUCGACCUGUACUACGGCGGCGGAGGCGGCGGCGGCGGGCGGCAUGGGCCGGGAGGGGGCCCGGUCGAGACGCCCAGCUGGGGCUACAAGCCGCCGCCCCCGCCGUCCGUCAUCACGGAGCAGCCGAAGGGGAUGCACGGAGGAGGAGGCGGUGGGUUCCACACGUCGCACUCGUACUACCAGAACGCGGGCACGCUCGAGAGCCUGGCGGAGAAGGUGCACGCGUUCUACCCGUCGGCCACGACGAGCCGGCGGAUGUCGGCGGGCGGGGCAGGGGUGGCCAUGAGCCAAUCGCACCAGCGGUUCCCCCGCAGCGGCUCGGACCAGCAUUUGCCGCGCGUGGAGUACGCGGACUACGCCUCCCUGGGGCGUCAUCCUCUGCUGGCUCGGUCCAGUCUGAAGAACGACCUCGUCGGUGCGGCUCCUAUCGCUGGAGGGACGCUGGGUCGGUACGGACGGUACGAUGGGCAACCGGGUCAGCCUGGUCACGGGUCUUCCCGUGGGCCCAAGUACGGGCCGAGUCCUCUCGGGGCCACCGGAUCUCUUCAGAGGCGCUCACGGCCCGCUCUCGACUACUCCAGCGAUACGGAGGCGACGAUUGGACCGCGGCCGAGCUACUACUACUACAAUCACCCGGCGAUGGCGGGGCCAGCGGGUGGCGGCGGAGGGGGCAGUAUGGGACGAGGCAGCACGCAGGCGCUCGGCGGUGGUCCCGAGUUCGCCAAGUUCAACUCGCUGCCUCGCGAGCGGCCCGGAGCACGUCUAGGUCUCAGAGGGCGCAUCGUCGAUCGGCUGCAGGACGAGGCGGACGGUAACGUGUCCGCGCCGGAGUACUCGUUGCCGAUACGGCGUGAUCUGCGGGACCUGCGCCAUCGCAUCACGGCCAGCCCGUCGAUCUUCACCUCGGACGAGUACCGGGCGUGGUUGCGGCGAGCUCCCAGCAGCUCCGCCAUCUGCGAACAGAUGCGAGCCUCGCGGGAUCUGCUGAACCAGCAGCGAGCGCACAGGUUCUCCUGCAGCGCCGAGAACAUCCACGACGUGCUGAAGAACACCGAGCACAUCUACAGCAGCCGCACCGGACUGGUCGGUGCGGGUACCCUCGACCGGCACUCGCUGGCGGCGGGCGGUCCUCGGAUGUCCUCGCUUCCGGUGCGCUCCCUAUCCUCGCAGCACAUCGGAGGGCCAUCGUCCAUCCGCUCCCCGAGCGUACGUCGUAUGCGCCAGCUGCUGGAGUUGACUCAGCAGGGUGCGGCUGGUCUCGGGGGCGUCGGCGGUGGCAUCCCUAGCUCGGUCGUAGCAGCCCUCGCCGGUCAUCAGAGUCCGGCACCGACGCCAAGCACAACACUGCCCCGAGCGCACCGCCAGAUCGACAUCAACCCGGCCGAGUACACCAAGUACAAGCUGGAUAAACCGGUCGUGGACGCGGUCGGCAUGUCGGGUAUGCUGUGGAUCCACCUGCUGGCGGGCCGAGGACUGCGCGCUAUGUCCGACACGCCGUCCCAGCUGCAGCAGCCGCUCAUCCGCGAUCUCUACUGCGUGCUCGAGUGCGACCGUAUCCACAAGGCGCGCACCGUCGUCCGGUCCGGCGACCUGCAGUUCGACUGGGAUGAGUCGUUUGAGCUCGAUCUCGUCUGCAACAAGCAGCUGGACGUGCUCGUCUACUCCUGGGACCCACAGCACCGGCACAAGCUGUGCUAUCGCGGGGCGCUCUCACUGACCACCUUGCUACGACAAUCACCGAUUCAUCAGCUGGCGUUGAAGGUUGAACCGAGGGGUACCAUCUAUCUGCGACUAAGGCACACGGACCCGUUCCAACUGUUCCGACGACGUGGUCUACCGAGCCUGCGGGGUAACGUACCAGCCCUGUUCGGUGCCGACCUCGAGACGGUGGUGACGCGCGAGUCCAAGGGUGCACCAGGCUGCGCUCCAGUUCCUAUCAUACUGCGCCGCUGCGUCGAGGAGGUGGAACGACGCGGCCUAGACAUCAUCGGCCUCUACCGUCUGUGUGGUUCCGCGACCAAAAAGCGUCUCCUAAGGGAAGCGUUCGAGCGGAACAGCCGCGCCGUGGAGCUGACGCCGGAGCACGUGCCGGACAUCAACGUGAUAACGGGCGUGCUGAAGGACUACCUCCGGGAGCUGCCAGAGCCACUGUUCACCAAGUGUCUCUUCCAGAUGACCGUGGACGCCCUAGGUGUGUGUCUCCCGGACGACCCCGAGGGUAAUGCCAAACUCAUGCUCAGUAUUCUGGACUGUUUGCCGCGCGCGAACAGGGCGACACUCGUAUUCCUGCUCGACCACCUGUCGCUGGUCGUGUCCGCCUCGGAGCGCAACAAGAUGUCCGCCCAGGCCCUCGCGACCGCCCUCGGCCCGCCGCUGAUGCUGCACUCGGCCAGCGUCGGCGCGAACGAGGAGAUCGACCACGCGCAACCGAUCGCGGUGCUCAAGUACUUGCUGCAGAUCUGGCCGCAGCCGGGCUCGGGGGCUCCCGGCGCCUCCGGCGUGCCCACUUCAGAGUCCUAUGUAGACAGGUCGGCGCGGCGAGCCAGUCGAGCCGCGUGGAAACAAAGCCAGUGCGUUGCAAGUGGGCAAAUCGGGGCCGCUGCAGCAGCCGCUACCGCCGGCCAGCAGCCACCAGCGCAGCAGCAGCAGCACCAACAUCCACCAUCUCAGCAGCAGCCGCAGCUCCAGCAGCACCAACUUGGUGGCGGCCUCGGCGUCGGCGGCGGCAGCGGCGGCAGCAGCGGCGGGCUCCAUCAGCUCCACCAGCAACCACAGCCACUCCAGCCACAGCAACCCAGCAAUCCAUCAACCACAUCCUCAACGCUCGGUCAGCAUCUGCUCUCAGCCACUCCCAGCACUCUUCAGUAUCAAUCAGUAGUGGCUCAGUUAGCUCAAUCGCAUCGAGCCUUGCAACAAGCGGGCCAACAGCACCAUCAAUCGGAGGUCUCAGCGGGCUUGGCGGAGCGCGUCCAAUCGCCACAUCACGCCACACCCUCCCCAAGCUCUAGUUCCACAUCGUCCGCGUCCGGUUCUGGGUCGGGUAGGUGUACUGACACAAUCAAGCGUGGAGCGUCACCAGCUUCUGUUAAGUUUAAGGAAUCCACCAGCAACUACUCCCUCAAGUCGGGUGACACGCAAGGCCGCGGCAUCCUCAGCGGUGGCAAGCAGCAACCCUCAUCACUCUACUCGACCGGCUACGGAGGGGCAGCGAACGGGCACUCGGCGACAUCCGGCAGUGCCACGACCUCGGCAUCCCUCGCCGCAGACCUCCUGCACACCGGUUCGCGAACCAGCGGACUGUUUGCGUCGUCCGCCGGGGAUUACCUUUCCUCGACGUCGUCGAUCGCGUCGUCGGUUGCGUCGUCGGCGGCGGGCGGAGGAGCACCCGUUUCCGUGACCAGCACGCUCAACAUCACCACGUUCAGCUUGGACGAGAAGAACAACCUGGUCGUGUCGCCGUCACCGUCGUCCGCGUCGGAGUCGUCGUACCGUUCGUCGAGUCCGGCCUCGAGCAUUCAGCGCGACCGAUCACCCAACAGCCUCGGGGACAGUGGGUCCCGUGGAGCGCCGACGUCCAGCUCACCGUCGCCGCUGCGCCGUCAGGAACAGUUCGAGCGUGCCGAUAGCGUCCCGGUGGCGUCCUCUGCGUCAUCCUCGACCGCUUCGGCGGCGGGGGCAUCGAGUUCUGGCAAUCCGGCAGUCACGACGGCAUCCUCCGGCGGGUCGUUCAUGUCGUCGCUGCGUAGCCAAACGCUCGGCAGCUAUCAGUUCCCGUCGACCAGCCUGAAGCUGCCGGGUCAGCUGAGUAGCAGCGGUUCGCAGGACUCGCAGGACGAUGGCAGUACCUCGUCACUGCUGCGAAAGCUCACCUCGUCUCUGUCGCGUACGAUCGUCAGCAACACCGGCACCCUUCCGUUGUCGUUGGGCCGCGAGAAGCUUAGCGAGCUGUCCGGCUCGGGCGCCGGCUCGGGUGCACGGACUAUGAGCUCCUCCCUCGGGUACUCGGGACUCGGCGGAGGGUCAUCGGCGUUGGAUGGUGGCACUUCGGCGUCCUCCUCGGCAGGCACUGGUGGCAGUGGCAUAGGGUCGGCAGCCUCGGUUACGUCGGCGGCGGCCGUCACGAGCAUGAACCUCUACGGCACCCUGCCGAAGACUCACUCCUCGCUCUACUCGUCGUACGGUGCGCGGGAAGGUGGCGGCACCACCUCGGUGAGUGCGUCCGGGAGUGUCCUUUCCGGCCUGCUGUCCGGUACGACCAGCUCGUACGGCAUCAGCGAACGGCUGAGGGCGCUCACGACGGGAUCGACGGGCAGUGGCGUCUCGGGUGGGAGUCUCGGGGAGGGAGCCGGUUCCACCGGUUCCUCGACGGGCAUGGACAGUGGCGCCGCCUCGUCGUCGGCGGGCGAUCUCGAAAGCAGUGCGUACGACUACGAAUCGUCCGGCUUUUCGUCGGCGUCGUACAGCGGUAUGGCCACCUCGGGGGCCUCGAUCGGCUCGGGUGGUGGGCUCUCGUCGUCGUACUUCAGCACCGGCAGCAACAGCAACAGUCCGUUCGCCACCGGUGCUGGGGGGGCGGGAGAGCGGGCGAGCGAUUCCAACACCAACGCCGCCCCUUACCGGGUGCAGUACGCGUCCACCAACCCUUUCCUACCCAGCUUCAACCCAACCAGUGACGGUAGUAACGGUAGUAACCCCAAGGACGAUGACGAGCCGUUCGAUAUGAAGUGAGCGCGCUGCCAAAAUCAGUCCCGUGGAUGGGUGGAUACUUCCCUGUAGCAAAAACAAAAAAAAAAACUCAACCAACAGUAUUAACACAAACAUUCCCGGUUUGUUCAAAAGUCCCCCACUACCUUGUCCAACACAUUAGCGAGGCCAACACACCAAAUGAAGGAAGUUGAAUCGAUUCGCCAUUUAUUUCGAAACCGUUAGGACCCUAUCCUCACGCCAUGUAACACCAAUUCAAUCGUUUUCGUUCCUCAACAAGGAACCCCCUAGGAACAAUCCAUACGUCGUCUACGUUGACAGCGUGUAGCCCGUUUGACGUUCGAUUGGAAAGGUUUAUUUAGAUUACUUUUUCCCGUUAACGAUGUUAAUGCCAUGUUACUCGGACACCGUUUCUCCGUUACCAAUCGUAUGUUAAAUUGCGCCGGUGUGGUGUAAGUUUAGGGAAAGUUGGUGCAAACGUUAGUUGGAGUUCUUAAAAUUGCCGAAGAAUGAAUUCAAGUGAGUCAAUAACUAAAAGACUCAUUGCAGGAAAGGCAGGCACAGAAAAAUAAGAAACAAAGAAGUAAAAGAAAUAGUAAACGAGUAAAACAAAAAAAACAUCGCUACAGUGCUGAACGGAAAAUGUUAGUAAAGGAUAGAACAAUUUACGUAUAUUCGAUACGCUUUAAUCGUGAAUGUGGAUGGAAACGUAAUAAUUACAAUAAUGAAUUAUCGAUAAAAAAAAACACACACACACACAUCCAACAAUAAUUAUGUGCUUGCUGAUUGACCAUUUAACGAAAUAUUCGAACUUAUACUAAUGUACUCCGAUAGCAAGUUUGGAACAGAAUACUGAACUGUAGAACAAAGCAGAACGAUCAGAACCAACAGUGAGAAGCGGAAGGUGCUGUUUACAACAAACAGUAUCGAAAACAAAGGCGCAAAACGAACACAAAGUUAAUGUGAAAGGGAAAACUGAUAGUAAUAGUUUAUACACACAAACAAAACCAGACUAUUGCAAAGAACGAAAUGAAACGAAACAGAAAUGACACAGAACCUGUAUAAAAGCCAGCCAAAAGAAAGGUAAACCGAUCGAUCAUGUUUCAAGUUCCAGCAUGCAUUUAGCAACAUAUACAAUAAACAAAAUAAAGCGAAACAGAACAAGACUUACCCUUUUGAAGCAACUCUUGACAAGGAUCUAAGCACGGGAGGAGUGGAAAACUUUAGUCAUCAAGGGCAAUGCUAAAUGAAACUCAGCACAACAGUUAGACACGACGUAUAUACGCGAGAGAAAAGAGGGAACUAAUGUAGGCUUACCAAUGUGUGAUGUAAAGUGUCACAAACGUUAGAAAGAAUGUUCGAGGGAAACUGUGGUGGAGUGAGCUUUCGUUUUUCUUAUGAUCGCAACGUAGGACGAGAAUAUUGAAGAUAAUUAAUAAUGCAUAGGAAAGCGAUCGAUCCUGUACUCUCGAUAUGCAAGUGGCAACAUUCAUCAUUAGUACGCAUGAUGAGUCCUCGAUCCCGCCUUAGCUCGAAUUACACUUAACCUCGUUGGUUUUGUUUUGCGCGUCGAUACGAUCGGAACGGAAACCCGCUAGCUCUCUGUAAAUAUAGCGCAAAACAUACGCUUUCCCGGGAAACUCGGCUUGAGUAUCCUUUGCAACGUUUUGCAAACAGAAAAAAAAACAAAUGAAAAGGCAACGAAACUUAAAGAAAAAAAAAACGGUGGAAAUGCCGGGGUACCAUUUUCCUACCAUUGCACCAUUAGGGAGUCACCCAC